UCCCCAUCCAUCAGUGGGUGGAGCCUCGCCUCCAGUGGGAGUAUUUAUCCGCAGGCUUGCCAGUCCUGGUCCUCAGCAUCAGCAGCAGGAGCAUCAUCAGGACGGCAGGCUGGAGCCCUGGUACUCGUACACCCACUGGUUCCCCAUGGCUUCGGCCCAUGUGCUGAAGGACGGCGGGCCGGAGCCGAUACCUCGCAUGCAGCCGGCCAUGAUGAUGUUUUCCAGCAAGUACUGGUCCAGGAGGGGGAUGUCUCUGGACUCAGCCAUGUUCGACCAGCAGAACCACCAGCAGCAGAACCAGCAGCAGAACCAGCAGCAGCAGCAGCAGAGACACACCGGAGGACGGAUGUCCAGACGGACUUCCUUCUGUCCGAUCAACGAGAAGCCAGAUGGCGAGAGCGAAGAGGAUUCUGGGAAAACAGCGGUGGUGUUUUCGCUGAAGAACGAGGUCGGCUGUCUGGUCAAAGCUCUCAGACUCUUCCAGGAGAGACGGGUCAACCUGAACCACAUCGAGUCCCGGAUGUCGAAGCGGGUUCCUAACGAGGUGGAGAUCUUCGCCGACUGCAAAUGCAGCAAGAAAGAGUUCAACGAGCUGCUGCAGCACCUCAAAGACCACGUCAACAUCAUCUCCUUCAACACGCCUGCUCACGUGUGGUCAGCUGAGGAAGAUGAAGACGACGUUCCCUGGUUUCCCAUGAAAAUCGCGGAGUUGGACCAGUGUUCCCACAGAGUGCUGAUGUACGGGUCGGAGCUGGAUGCGGACCAUCCUGGGUUUAAAGACAACGUGUAUCGUCAGCGCAGGAAGUACUUUGUGGAGGUGGCCAUGAACUACAAAUUCGGGCAGCCCAUCCCUCGGAUCGAGUACACCCCGGAGGAGGUGAAGACGUGGGGCGUGGUGUUCCGAGAGCUGACCAAGCUGUACCCGACCCACGCCUGCAAAGAGUACCUGAAGAACCUGCCGCUGCUCACCAAACACUGUGGCUACAGAGAGGACAACAUCCCCCAGCUGGAGGACGUCUCCCGCUUUCUCAGAGAGCGUUCCGGCUUCACGGUGCGACCUGUGGCAGGUUACCUUUCUCCCAGAGACUUCCUGGCUGGCCUGGCCUACAGAGUGUUUAACUGCACUCAGUACAUUCGUCACAGCACUGACCCGCUCUAUACACCAGAACCAGAUACGUGUCACGAGCUGCUGGGUCAUGUUCCUCUGCUGGCUGACCCGAAGUUUGCCCAAUUCUCUCAGGAGAUCGGCCUGGCCUCUCUGGGAGCGUCUGAUGAGGAUGUCCAGAAACUGGCCACGUGUUACUUCUUCACCAUCGAGUUUGGACUUUGCAAACAGGACGGUCAGCUGAGAGCUUAUGGAGCCGGAUUACUGUCGUCCAUCGGAGAGCUCAGGCAUGCUCUGUCUGAUAAAGCCUGUGUGAAGAUGUUCGAUCCGAAGACGACCUGCAACCAGGAGUGUCUAAUCACCACCUUCCAGGAUGUUUAUUUUGUCUCCGAGAGCUUCGAGGAGGCCAAGGAGAAGAUGAGAGAGUUCGCCAAAUCUAUAAAGAGGCCGUUCUCCGUGUACUACAACCCGUAUACGCAGAGCGUGGACCUGCUUAAAGACACGCGCAGCAUCGAGAACGUGGUGCAGGACCUGCGCAGCGACCUCACAACGGUAUGUGACGCCCUCGGGAAGAUGAACACCUACCUGGGCAUCUGAGGCCGACUUCCAACCCACCAACAAGCUCUGAUUGGUCCGCAUGGGCGUCAUCUGUUUAUUUAACAUUUUUUAUUUACUACACAGAGCCUGAUCAGGCCCAAACAGGUUGACUAGGUUUUGUCAGAUUGUAAAUCUCCUUCAAGUGUCUGUAAAAACCUCUGCCCAGCAUUUCUCAUGUCCGCAGGUCUGAGUUCAUCCGGUUAAUGUGUGACUGUCUGCUCUGUUCAUGUGAAGUGUCUUCAGGUGAUUUUUACUGUAACUGAGUUCAAAAUGUAAAAAUAAACAGAAGAAUCCCA